GCCCUAAAAGAGAAUAUAAAACUUGGAAAUUUAAAAGCUGAAAAUUAUGACUUAUCUGAAGAUAUGCAUACUAGUUUAGAAGACUUGGCUGUAAAUGGAAAGCUUAUAUUUGAAGAAAUACCAAUGAUAAAAACUAUAAAAGGCUGGAUAGAAAGAUACAGU